UUAAAGGUCUUGUUUUGUGUUUGCCCCCGGGGGAAAUAGAAACAAAAUACUUUACUUCGGCAAUUAUCCACUUAUAGUGUCACUGUUUAGAUCCUAAUUGCUUCCAGCCUCUCUUUGGAUCAUAUGCCACAGCCCUAAGAAAAUACAUUUGUCCCCUACGCCUACGCGUUAAGUUCGCCUACUUGCCAUUAGGGAAUGGUCAGAGGUGAAGCGUUGCUUGGGAAAGUUGAGUGUCAACAUCUGAGCCGGUGUUAUUGUGUUUAUUUUGUGGUAAUGAUGAGUACCCAAAACUCAGAAAGCAGCAGAAAGAGGAAGAGUGCAAAACCGCAAAAAUCUGAUCAAGUCAAAAGAAGGCUUCCCUUAAAUGAAAUUGAGGUUAUGGAAUCCUUUCAUAAGGACGAGUCACAGUCUGGUGAACAGAACACAGCAAAAAGAAAUAGAGGAAGGCCUAAGGGGCACAAAAACAAAUACCCAUCUUGGUCUUCUCUGCAGAUCUCUUCUGCCAGUGAUGGAAAAUGGCAGAGUAACAUUCCUACCUCAUCACAAUGUCCAAAAGAACUGGAUAAUGAAUAUCCUAAAGGAGAAAAAGAGAGCACAACAAAGGCACUGUGCAGUUCUCCUGUGAAGGGUGAAUUACAGUGUGGUGAACAGAACACAGCAAAAGGAAAGAGAGGAAGACCUAAAGGGAGCAAAAACAAAUACCCAUCUUGGUUUGCUCUGCAGAAUCGAACACCUGGAGCUCCAAAAAUGGGACGAGGGAGACCCAGAAAACCAGUCGAGACAAAUGGUACUGUGGUUCCCAAAAGGCCAAGAGGGAGGCCUAAAGGAAGUUUGAAUAAAGUCCCUUCUGCAAAAAAGCUUGCUGUCAGUAUGGGAAGCUCGUGUGUACAGAAGAGGGGGCGUCCAAGGAAGCAUUUACUGCAUCUUCCAACUUUAACUCCCAAAAGGCCCAGAGGAAGGCCAAAGAUUGUUCGGAUAUCAUCAGCUGGACCCAAUGAUGUGCUUGCUGCCAGUAUGGGAAGCUUGUGUGUACAGAAGAGAGGGCGUCCAAGGAAGCAUUUACUGCAUCUUCCAACUUUAACUCCCAAAAGGCCCAGAGGAAGGCCAAAGAUUGUUCGGAUAUCAUCAGCUGGACCCAAUGAUGUGGUGAGAAGCAUAGAGAUCAACCAAUGACAAUUAUGCGUGUGAAAUGCUAGCUGGCUUAAAAUUGUUGAAAGAUCAAGUGAGGAAAAGAAUGAGAAAACCAGUGGCACAAAUGGACCUUGAACAGAUUAUGGGUUAAGGAAUGAAAAUUCACAGUGAUUUCCCUAGUGAAUGUUUCAGGGAAACUGACUAGAAGCAGUAAUGCAAUAGUAAAAAAGGUUGUCAGGAUUGCUUUUAUAGUGAGGAAUUAAGUUGUGUAAAAUUGUACUUUUUUUUUCAAUGUUACUGGUUUAAAUGUGUGCAACUAUAUAUGAGUAACCUCACAGACACAGUAGUUGAUUUCAUAAUGCUGCUGUUUGCUUUUUACAUAUUUUUUAAAUUGUUUUGUGUGGUAAUAAAAAAUGUUUUGUUUUUUU